GAAGAGAGGGAUGAAGAGAGGGAUGAAGAGAGGGAUGAAGAGAGGGACGAAGAUGACGAAGAUGCCGAAGACGCCGAGGUCGGCGGUGGAGGGUACGAUGCUAUUGAGAGUGCCCACGAAAACGAAGAAGACGUCGAGGGUACUUCUAGCAGUCAGCCAAGUGGUUCCGUAUUCGAGCCCGCAUCCCUUAGUGCCGACCCCACAGAUGACCAAGCUCCCGCGGAUGGCACAGAGUCACUAAGCAGUCCGGAGGACGAUCAGAACAAAGACAGCACCAUCCGGCCCAGACGCCGCUCAACGAAAAAGCGCGUAGCGAAACGAGAUUUCUACAGUCGCCAAGAAGAAAACGACAUCACAUAUGAGCUCACUCCAACCCUCACCGACGCUGUUGGUGAUGUUACCGCCGGCAGGCCGCCAAAGCCGGCUGGAACAGAAAGACGGCGUGGAAUCUCUAGGACUGCUGCCUCGUCAUCGGAGCGAAAGGCAACCCACGAGAAGUCGCGAAAAGUGGUGAAGGGUCAGUUCAGCCAGGCGGAACUGAAUCGGAUGAGCGAGGCGGUCGAGAAAUGGCGAAAAGAUCAUGGCCUGACACAAUAUAACAUGAAUGCGAUGAUCCACGGCUCCCCAAAGACUCUUGUGGAGUUUUGGGACCACAUCGUAGAGACUUGUCCCAACCGUCGGCGGCAGAAGGUAAUCGACGUUUGCCGACGAGAAUUCCAUAAUUUUGUUGGCAGAGGCGCCUGGACACCGGAACAACAUGACGAGCUCAGACGCAUGUGGGAACUCCAUGGCAACAAAUUUUCCCGGAUUGGCAAGCUUAUUAAUCGCGAUCCUCAUGAUGUACGGGAUCGGGUCCGAAAUUAUGUCGUUUGCGGCGAUAACCGUCGCUCGAACCCGUGGAGCGAAGCAGAGGAGGCAGAGUUUGACUCGAUUACUAGUGAUGCCCUACGCGAGAUUCGAAGACGACGCGCCCGGGAAGCCAUCGAACUUGAGGGCCCAGAUGACGAUUACAUUGACUGGCAAUUGGUCAGUGAACAGAUGGGUCGGACUCGUAGCCGUCUUCAGUGCAUACAGAAAUGGAAGGCCAUAGCGAAACGCCGAGACGCCGUUCUGAACGGUCCCAACAAAGGAAUCACAUUGACCACCAGGCAACUCAUCCGUAAAGCUCGCAUCGAGGCGACCGCAACGUCACAUCAAGAUCGGCACCGCAUCAUCGAGGCUAUUCGAGCCUGUGAGACCAAAUCCAACGACCGGAUCCCGUGGCCGAAGAUCGAGACAAAGAUGUUGGCCAACCGAUGGUCGAGACUUACUCUUAUGCUUGUUUGGUACCGCCUCAAAUUGUCUGUCCCUGACUCUGAUACGAUGCCGGUUCCCGAGAUCAUCGACAAAUUGACGGCCGCAUAUGGCGAAAAUGGCGAGCUGGACUUCCCGGACGAAGAGGACUUGGAUCUUGACGCAGAAAUCCUCGAAAUAGGGCCCAAUAUAAAGCAAAAUUCCGAGCCCAAUCUCGUAACGAAGACCCAACGCCGUAUUUCCAAAGCCAAUGAAGACGAUGAUAGCGCGUCUGACAAAGAUGAUAUCGAAAGCGUAGUCGACUCCGAAGUCGGCGGGGAUGACGAUGAUAACGGCAACAUCGAUAGCCCAGUGAUGGGAUUUACGGUAGAUCGCGACGCUGCCAGUAGUGUUGACCUAGGCUUUGAUGCACAAAGCCGGAAUCCGAGUCCCCGAUCCCCAAUAGGUGGUAUUUCAGAGGGCGCGGCCGCCGACGCGGCGGCGAACACGGACAUUGUGAAGGAAUCCGAUCAGGAAUCCGACCGAGACGAAAACAGAGACGACGAUGGCUCAUUGAGCAGCGAUACCAAUGCAAGCAGAGUUGAGAGCAUCCCCGCUCACUGAUGGCACCAGUCCUCGGUUCGCACCAAGCUCGGUACUACCACGAUAAGCGCCCAGCUGCUUAGCCUCGUGGCACUGCUUGCGUUUACAAAAGGACAGGCUUAGCUUUAGGCAACUGCAGCAUCCUUGAUGAAGGGGCUACGAUAUCCGAACACGAAGAAGUGGAAAAGGGGGACGCGGAAGCAGGUAAUUUGCACUACAAUGCCCACUAAUGCCGUGUUCAUCUGUUCGUUUUACAACAUGUUCUAGUUAUCGGCGUCGUGCCGACUAGACCUGCUCUCCUCGAACCCGAGAAAUUGAAGAUAGGACACGGCAUUGGUAUCAAUAUAUAACAGAUCCUAUUUGCGUCAUUACUUAAUUACUUGAUGCUUACUCCCCGGAUUAACGAUGAAACCAGCCUGUCCAUUCAUAGCAGAAGGGCGAUUCACGCACGAAAGGACUCUAGAAACUGCAGUUCUCAAGGCCCGGAGGCGGGCUCAUAGGCAAUGCUACCAUAGAAGGAAUAUCCUCUGAAAUAACCGGGAUUGCUAGUUGAAUCCCCAUAAAUGCCCAUGAACCAAAGCAAGAUCUGGUGGCCUAAUGUGCGCCCUUGUUCGGAUUCUUAUUGUUGUGGGCAGCUAUACCGUCGAUUAAGGUAACUCUCAUGUUGGAUAUCUUUACUCUCGUGGCAAACACGUUGAGAUCUUG